GCGGAAUCACGUGCCGAACAACAAUGCGCCGCCGCCAAUAGUAACAAUCAUACUCACCUAGACUUGAGGUGAUGUACCAGCUUGCACCUUGAAACAGGUAUGGGCUGCUGCUGCCGACACGCUCACAUGUUAGACAUCCGGCUUGUGACCAGUCGGCGACUGUACUGACAGCAGCAGGGACCACGUCCAAGACCGAGCCAAAGCUGAUGGUGGAUGAAGAUGGCGUCGCAAGAUGCAAGAAACCCCAAACGGCCGAAAGAGCAAGGAAAUUCGUUGUAUUCGUAGGAGAAUGGUGUGGCCGAUGAAUGUGUGGUUACUGCUAUGAACCUAGACAGCAGCAUGGACCAAAAGAAGAAGAAAAAACAAUGCCCAUCGCGGGCUGGACACACCCAGAAACACGGCGCAUCAAUCGCAUUGUUCAAGAGUGGUCCUUUCUUAUCGCGAAUCUAUCGUUUCUUCUAUCCCCAGGGACCCUCGCGAUGCUCGUGCUACGAGAGUGGAGUACGACUUCAAACACCAAUCUCCCUCGUCUAUGGGUGGGUAGGGACAUGGACGUGUUGGGUUUGGUCUCCCGACCUUCCUAUUCCCCGUCCGCAUCCAUCGUGUCUUGUCGUGUCGUGUCGUUCGACGGUGCCAAAAGGAUCAAAAAGGCUCGCGAGAGGCGUCCUUUAGUGCUCUGCUCACGGCGGGCCUUGUGGGAGGUGGGAGGGGGGGUGGAGGAAGGGAGACUGCCCUGGCCUGGUAUGUUCGUGCCGUGCGUCCUGCAGCUCUUGUUCUCCGAGACUUGUGCUUGACUCGUUCGCUGAUCGUACAAGCCCCUUCAUGCAACCUCCCGAACCGUUAGGAUCGGUGGAUGUGUUCCGUACAGCAGUGUACCUAUGUACAGCAGCAUUCGCAUGCGGUGCAUCCGAUGAAAAAGGAGAAGUACGGAGUAGAAGGUGCAGAAGAAGAGUGCGCAACAGCAUUCACCUGUCAAAUGUGUAGAUCAAUCUCAUCGUCGGCGGGUGCUACACGACGUACGUUAGGAUUGAACUCACCAU